CGGUCGCGGCGGGCGGAUAUCCGGCGCCGCCUGCGGGAGCCGCCCCGGCUGAGGGAGAGGCGCGGUUCGGCUCCGCUCCGGCCCUUCUCUUCUCGCUCCGUUCCUGCCCGGUCCCGGCCCGGCGGCCGCCGCCCCGCCGCCGCCAUGGGCUGCACGCUGAGCGCCGAGGACAAAGCGGCGGUGGAACGGAGCAAAAUGAUCGACCGCAACUUACGGGAGGACGGCGAGAAGGCGGCCAAGGAGGUGAAGCUGCUGCUGCUGGGUGCUGGCGAGUCUGGCAAAAGCACCAUUGUGAAGCAGAUGAAGAUUAUUCACGAGGACGGCUACUCGGAGGAGGAAUGCAAACAGUAUAAAGUGGUUGUCUACAGCAAUACUAUCCAGUCCAUCAUUGCCAUCAUAAGAGCCAUGGGAAGGCUAAAGAUAGACUUUGGGGAAGUUGCCAGAGCAGACGAUGCCCGCCAGCUCUUCGUGCUGGCUGGAAGUGCAGAGGAGGGGGUGAUGACGGCCGAGCUGGCUGGAGUGAUCAAGAGGCUGUGGCGGGAUGCUGGGGUGCAGGCCUGCUUCAGCAGAUCCAGGGAGUACCAGCUGAACGACUCUGCCUCCUAUUACCUGAACGACUUGGAUAGAAUAUCCCAGCCGACCUACAUUCCGACCCAGCAGGACGUGCUGCGCACCAGGGUGAAAACGACAGGCAUUGUGGAGACACACUUCACCUUCAAGGACCUCUACUUCAAGAUGUUUGAUGUCGGUGGGCAGCGGUCGGAGCGCAAGAAGUGGAUCCACUGCUUUGAAGGUGUCACAGCAAUCAUCUUCUGUGUGGCCCUCAGCGAUUAUGACCUCGUCUUGGCCGAGGAUGAAGAAAUGAACCGAAUGCACGAGAGCAUGAAACUGUUUGACAGCAUCUGUAACAACAAAUGGUUCACAGACACGUCCAUCAUUCUUUUCCUGAACAAGAAGGACCUGUUUGAGGAGAAGAUUAAGAAGAGCCCUCUAACGAUCUGCUACCCAGAGUACACAGGCUCCAACACGUACGAGGAGGCGGCCGCCUACAUCCAGUGUCAGUUUGAGGACCUGAACAGGAGGAAAGACACCAAGGAGAUCUACACGCACUUCACCUGCGCCACCGACACCAAGAACGUGCAGUUCGUGUUCGACGCCGUGACGGACGUCAUCAUCAAGAACAACCUGAAGGAGUGCGGCCUCUACUGAAGUUCUUCCAGAGCGCCCUUGGCAGAAGCAGACUUUGCUGCCUCGCGGGGGGACGGCGGCGUGAGCGGGACCAGGGGGCUGAAAGCAGCAUGCAGAAUCGUCGCGUUCUUUAGCACAACCUUCUGUAUUUGGGACCUGUGAGCUGGUGGGGUGUCGAGGUUGGGGCAGGGCGGCCCUGGCGGGGCUCUGCGUCGCCCUGACGUCGUUUGGAUGGCGUGACCCAAACGUGUACAGCUGUUGUGGAUCGAGGUGCUGGGUUCCAGGCCUUCCAUAUGUAGCUUUCUCUCUUUCUUUGGUUACCAAACCACCACUAGUCUGUUUUUAAGGUGUUUUGUUUCGUUAUUAUUAUUAUUAUAUUUUUUCCCAUUGAGAAAACCGUAACUUUACUAAACUGCCUUUCUUUCUUCGCAGAAGAUUCUUGUUUUAAACAAAAUAAAAACCAACAGAAACUAUCACUGAUCUAUGCACACGUGAGCAGACCGUGCCCAAGCGCUCCUCUUAGCAGGACCUCUCUGUUUUUAACACUUGGUAUUUCUGCCCUGUCUCCCAGGCCCUGGUGCUGUGGCCACGCGUUGGCAGCGCAGGAGGGCAGGAGCAGUGCUGAUGUUGCUGUCGGUGGGCAGGCUGAGCUCUGUGCUGCUGGAGGCCGAUGGCCCACGGCCUUUCGGUGCGGGGUCUGUGUGGACAGCAUGCCUUUACUCUGUCUAUGUGGUGCCAAAUCCCCCUUUGCCAUCGUUUUCCCCGUAGUGACGUUCGUGCCCCGUCGCUCCGUUCCUUUGCUGAAGCGUCACCCCGGGGCUCUUUCUCAUUGUGUACAGUUCUGAUCUGUUGUAGCUGUUGGCAGUAUUAAAGUGGUGAGUGAA